AUGUGUGGCUGUAUGCAUAGUACCCAGGACCAAGAUCUCCACUUGGAAGGGGAGCCCCAUCCUCCUGCAGCCCCAACAUCUACUUUAGCAUCUAGGAAAAUGCCCAAAAGCGUUUCCAUAUCCAAACAACUGGCUUCAAUAAAAGCUCUGGGGAAGGGCUCAGAUCUGGAAAAAGCUGUUUCCACCUUAGCUCUGAUAUUCAGAAAUUCUUCGGACCCUGAUGGUAAACUUGAAAAAACAACUGCCAAAAAUCUGCUACAAACCCAAUUUAGGAAUUUCACAGAGGGACAAGAAAACAAACCAAAAUACAAAGACCUUCUUUCUGAACUCGACGAGCACACAGAAAAUAAGCUGGAUUUUGAGGAUUUCAUGAUAUUGAUCUUAAGCAUCACUAUAAUGUCAGAUUUGCUACAAAACAUAUGGAGUGUUAAAAUUAUGAAAUAAACAGCCUUAAAUAUGUAGUUAGAUAAAAUAAUGGCAAAAGGAAGUACAAAGUGAUUUUUUUUCGUUGAUUUUUAAUUAAUCAAAGAUACUUUUCGUGUAUGUGGGACUGCCUGGGACGAAUCUUAUUGCUACUGUUCACACCCAAUGUAACUCAAACUCUUAUGCAUACUUUUCAAGAAUGUUUGAAUAAUGUAUUGUCUUCACAAUGUGAUAGAUUUGAAACCACUGAAUAUCAGUCUGCUUUUGCUGAGUCAAUAGUGCCUUAAAGCACCUUCCUUACGGUAACUGAGUUACUCAUUCAUUCAUUCAUUCAAAGACGCUAGCUGAACUUUAUUUGACACUACUACUGAGAAGACAGUGAUAAACCAAAGGAAUCCUUGGCCUCAGACAAGACUGCAAAAUUCUAGCUGAACACAGAUGAACACUGAGCAACUAGCCAAUCAAUUGCAUCGAGAUUUUAACUACAGUGAUGACAAGGCUACAGAAUACUAAAAAAGGUUAUCAGCAAACCUGGAU